AUGCAGUGCCCAGGGGUGAAAAUGUCGUCGUUGGAUGCACAACCUAUCAACUUGCAUAUGUUAAAAACAAUCACGGAGAAUUUUUCAGAGAAAAUGAAAAUUGGUAGUGGUGGCUACGGAGCAGUUUACAAGGGCAUGCUUAAUGGCGAUGAAAUUGCUGUCAAAAAGCUGUUCCCCGUCCCUGGACUUGAUGAUGAGGCAUUCGAUGAUGAAUUUCGUAACCUUAAAAUGGUUCAGCAUAAAAAUGUCGUACGGAUGAUUGGUUACUGCUAUGAGAUAGCACAUAAAGAUGUUGAAUACCAAGGAAAACUUGUUUGGUCUCAAGUUAUAGAUCGGGCUCUCUGCUUUGAAUACAUGAAGGGAGGCAGCCUUGGCAAUCAUAUUUCCGACAAGUCAUGCGAAUAUGAUUGGCCAACCACAUACAAAAUAAUUAGAGGGACUUGUGAGGGCUUGCACUACCUUCAUAAAGGGCGAGGAAACAGUAAUUAUAUUUAUCAUCUGGACUUAAAACCAGAUAACAUAUUGUUGGAUGAAAAAUUUGUACCCAAAAUAGGAGACUUUGGUUUGUCGAAGCUCUUCGGUGAGUCAAAGACCCACGAAACAAGCAAGACAAAAGGAACAAUUGGGUUCAUGCCACCAGAAUAUAUAAAUAAUGCCAAGGUUACACCAAAGAAUGACGUGUUUAGCCUCGGUGUUAUAAUUUUCUACAUGUUGGUGGGAAAACAGGGCUAUGGCGAUUACUGUGACGUGCUUCUUCACCCGAAUUUUUCAGCAAAAUCUCGCCAAGAGUUUAUCGACAGUGUAAAAGAAUACUGGAAGAACAAGAUGCAAGAAACUUUGGGCUAUAGGUGGGACCAAACAGAUGUCAUAGGAGUAACAAAAUGUGUCGAAAUUGCGAUGAGCUCUGUGCACAGCGACUGA